AUGAAUCGAUUCGCGGCACAAUAUCGUAUUCAACUCGAACCGAGUUAUACUCCAGAUGGCUAUUUCAGCCCUGCUAUCAUUGUUCAAGGAGGAGGUUACAGCAACAAGGGACGUGAAACUUUAAGCUGUGAGGAAUAUCGUAACAAAUUAAAUGAUUCAGCUAUAGCAGGAUAUAAUAUAUUAAAGUAUAAUGGUACUGCUGUUGAUGCUGUUGAAAAGGCAGUUAGUGCUUUGGAGGAUUGUGAGUUAUUCCUAGCAGGAUAUGGAUCUCCGUUGAAUAAAGAGAUGGAAGUUGAAUGUGAUGCAAUGAUUAUGGAUGGAAGCACCUUAGAAACAGGUGCAGUAAUCUCGGGUCGACAUUUCAAAAAUCCGGUUUGCCUUUCUCGACAAAUAAUGGAAAAAACACCACACUGUGCUCUUAAUGGUGAUGGUGCUUUGAAUUUUGCUAUUGGUAACAAUUUACCUUGUUGCGAACCAAAAGAUUUGAGGACUCCAAAUUAUCGCUUUGAUCCUUUCGUAUUUGAGGAAUUUGUAAAAACUGGCUAUCGUUUUCAUGGCGAGCCAAGAGAUUCUGUCUGUGCCGUUGCAAUUGAUUCAAAAGGCCGUUUGGCAAGUGCUUUGUCAUCAGGAGGCAUUUGGGGAAAAAUGAAAGGUCGUGUUGGCGACGUGCCAUUUGUUGGUUGUGGUGGAUAUGCAAAUGACAAAGGAGCAGCUGCAACAACUGGUCAUGGAGAGAAGUUGAUAAAAUUGACUUUAGCAAGACAAGUUGUAUUUGACAUGGAAGCUGGAAGAAAUGCUCAGGAAGCAGCGGAGAAUGCUGUGAAUUUACUUGAAACUAGACUGAGUGGACAUGGAGGAGUAAUUUCUAUUGACUGUAAUGGGAACAUUGGAAAGGCAUUUAAUACUGAUCUCAUGGCUUGGGCAAGCAUCAAACAUAAUGUAUUGGAAGGUGGACUGGAAAAAAACGAAUAA